ACCUAGUUGACAGGCUCUGAGGUGCUGCUGUGGCGGCGGCCGCGGGGCAGAGCGGGCGGGCUGAGGGAGGAGGGCGGCGACGGGCGAGCGGCGAGCGGCGCGGGACGCAGAGCCUUUGCACUUUUCCCACCCGAGUGUCCCCCCCACCUCCAACCCCCCCCCUCCCCCCCACUCCACACACCCUGUUUGCCCGUGAGCCUGGGGAACUUGCAGCUUAAAGCCAGCCACCCCCACGGCAGCAUGUACCCCAGCAACAAGAAGAAAAAGGUGUGGAGAGAGGAGAAAGAACGUUUGCUGAAGAUGACCUUAGAGGAGAGACGCAAAGAAUACAUAAGGGACUAUGUUCCUCUGAGCACCAUUCUGUCAUGGAAGGAGGAGAUGAAGAGCAAGGGCCAAAAUGAUGAAGAAAAUACUCAGGAAACACCACAAAUGAAGAAAAGUUUGAGUGAAAAGGUUUCUCUCUACAGAGGUGACAUCACAUUGCUAGAGGUGGAUGCAAUAGUCAAUGCGGGUUCUAAAGCACUCUGAGGGAAGAUUGUGUGCGGCUGAUUGUUGUUCUUGGUGUAGUUUUGCACUGAAGUGAACAAUUUAAGUAAAUGAGUCAGUAUGAAGUUUUAGUUUCCCUCUAUUCAUAUGUCUAUUUUUAAUUUUUUUAAAGAGAAAGAGGGAAAUGUGGUAUUUUCUAUAUAAUUAAUCAGAUUUAAAGUUUGGUGACAUACUAUAAUUUUUCUUUAUAUCUUAUUUAUAUAUUAUAAAUAAACACAUUUUAUGCAUAUAAAUCUUUUCUCUUAUCCAUCAAUAUAUCUAAGCACUAUUUCUCUCUGUUCUCCCAUCCCUUCCUGGUUAGUCCCUUCAUCUUCCUGUUUUCUUUCCUCCCACUUUUCUCUUUUACCCUCUUAUAUGCUCUCAUUUUCUUUCUCAUUCCUCACCAACUAUAGCUAAAGAAGUUAAAAAUUGAGAACUGAGUCUAAGAUUUUUAAAAUUAUUUAUUUAAAGAUUCUAGGUGAAAAUAUAAUUAUAUUAUUUACCUCUUCUCCCUCCAGCCUCUUUUAUGUUCCUUUCCACUCCCUCUCAAACUGAUCACCUUUAUUUUCUUUAAUGUUGUUACAGAUGUACACAUAUACAUGAAUAAAUAUAUAAAUAAAACCUGGUGAGUUCAUUUA